GAGGAAUUUCAUAAUCCGUAUCGGAAUAGCUCUCCUAAGCAGCGUAACCAAACAGACCCCUACAUCUCUUGGUAAACAAGCCAGACUCUCUCUCUCCUCGCCUCUCCCUAUUUAACGACCUACCAUCAGCGACCUCAAUUCAGAGAAACUCAUUCUAUCACUCCAUCCAUUAUUAUUCCUUCCUUCAUCCAGCCUGUUUACUAACGAGCUCUCCCCGCGAGAUAACAAUGGCCGACAAGCCUGAAUCGUCCGAUGCGAAAUCGGGGAAGAAGGACUUCUCCACCGCGAUUCUGGAGCGGAAGAAGUCGCCCAAUCGAUUGGUUGUUGACGAGGCCGCCAACGAUGAUAAUUCCGUCGUCGCGAUGCACCCCGAUACCAUGGAGAAGCUCCAGCUCUUCCGCGGUGAUACCAUUCUCAUCAAGGGAAAGAAAAGGAAGGAUACUAUCUGCAUUGCUCUCGCUGAUGAGACUUGUGAGCAGCCAAAGAUUAGAAUGAACAAGGUUGUUAGGUCUAACUUGAGGGUGCGACUUGGAGAUGUUGUUUCUGUGCACCAAUGCCCUGAUGUUAAGUACGGAAAGCGUGUUCACAUACUUCCAAUUGAUGACACUAUUGAAGGGGUUACUGGAAACCUUUUUGAUGCAUAUCUGAAGCCUUAUUUCCUAGAGGCUUAUCGCCCUGUGAGGAAAGGAGAUUUCUUUCUUGUUAGAGGUGGCAUGAGAAGUGUAGAGUUCAAGGUCAUUGAAACUGACCCAGGGGAGUACUGUGUGGUUGCCCCGGAUACUGAGAUCUUCUGUGAGGGGGAGCCGGUGAGAAGGGAGGAUGAGGAUAGGUUAGAUGAGGUUGGUUAUGAUGAUGUUGGUGGGGUCAGAAAGCAGAUGGCCCAGAUCCGUGAGUUGGUUGAGCUGCCACUAAGGCAUCCUCAGCUCUUCAAAUCAAUUGGUGUGAAGCCACCAAAGGGUAUUCUGCUCUAUGGUCCUCCUGGUUCUGGAAAGACAUUGAUAGCCAGAGCCGUGGCUAAUGAAACUGGUGCAUUCUUCUUCUGCAUCAAUGGGCCUGAAAUCAUGUCGAAGUUGGCCGGAGAGAGUGAAAGUAAUCUGAGGAAAGCUUUUGAAGAGGCUGAGAAGAAUGCCCCUUCUAUCAUCUUCAUAGAUGAGAUCGACUCCAUUGCCCCUAAGAGGGAGAAGACAAAUGGGGAAGUUGAAAGGCGUAUUGUCUCGCAACUCCUGACUCUCAUGGAUGGUCUUAAAUCCCGUGCCCAUGUUAUUGUGAUGGGCGCUACCAAUCGUCCAAACAGCAUUGACCCAGCUCUGAGAAGGUUUGGAAGGUUUGAUCGGGAGAUAGAUAUUGGUGUUCCGGACGAGGUUGGACGUCUUGAGGUCCUUCGCAUCCAUACCAAAAAUAUGAAGCUAUCUGAUGAUGUCGAUCUGGAAAAGAUUGGAAAAGAUACCCAUGGAUAUGUUGGUGCUGACCUUGCUGCUUUGUGCACUGAAGCCGCACUUCAGUGCAUCAGAGAGAAGAUGGAUGUCAUAGAUCUGGAGGAUGACACCAUUGACGCAGAGAUAUUGAAUUCAAUGGCCGUUUCCAAUGAGCACUUUCAAACUGCUCUUGGAACCAGUAAUCCCUCUGCUCUGCGAGAAACUGUGGUUGAAGUACCAAACUGUAGCUGGGAGGACAUUGGUGGGCUUGAGAAUGUUAAGCGUGAACUUCAAGAGACUGUUCAAUAUCCUGUGGAGCAUCCCGAGAAGUUUGAGAAAUUUGGCAUGUCCCCUUCGAAGGGAGUUUUGUUCUAUGGCCCUCCAGGUUGUGGAAAGACCCUGUUGGCUAAGGCAAUUGCCAAUGAGUGCCAAGCAAACUUCAUUAGUGUCAAGGGUCCUGAGCUCUUGACGAUGUGGUUUGGAGAGAGUGAAGCUAAUGUCAGGGAAAUCUUUGACAAGGCUAGACAGUCUGCACCAUGUGUCCUUUUCUUUGAUGAGCUCGACUCCAUUGCAACUCAGAGAGGAGGCAGUGUUGGUGAUGCAGGCGGUGCUGCUGAUCGUGUUCUGAAUCAACUUCUCACUGAAAUGGAUGGUAUGUCAGCAAAGAAGACUGUCUUCAUAAUUGGCGCAACAAACAGGCCCGAUAUCAUCGAUUCAGCACUCCUCAGGCCUGGACGUCUUGACCAGUUGAUCUACAUCCCUCUUCCUGAUGAGGACUCACGUCAUCAGAUCUUCAAAGCAUGCUUGAGGAAAUCACCAAUCUCGAAGGAUGUUGACUUGAGGGCAUUGGCCAAGUACACUCAAGGCUUCAGUGGUGCUGACAUCACUGAGAUAUGCCAGCGAGCUUGCAAGUAUGCCAUCCGGGAGAACAUUGAGAAGGACAUUGAGAAGGAGAGGAGAAACAAGGACAAUCCUGAGGCAAUGGACGAGGAUGUGGAUGAUGAGGUGGCAGAGAUUAAGGCGGCACACUUUGAGGAGUCAAUGAAGUAUGCUCGUCGCAGUGUGAGCGAUGCAGAUAUCAGGAAGUACCAGGCGUUUGCUCAGACAUUGCAGCAGUCGAGGGGCUUUGGAUCGGAGUUUAAGUUCUCAGAAACCUCUGCCGGGGGUGGCGCAGCAGCAUCUGAUCCGUUCUCGACCCCAGCGGGUGGAGCUGAUGACGAUGAUUUGUAUAGUUAGGCGAAAAGGAACAGAAAGAAUCCAACCACCAGCCCCAAGAGAUUGUAGCAGUGGUAAUGCUCUCUCUGGUGGAGAAACAAAUUAAUGGUUCCCUUUUGGUUUUGGCCAUCUUUUCUAUGGUUUGUUUGAUGGUGGGGGUUUGUUGUGUACUAUUCUGGAAGUGGGCGGGCACCAACUUUGAACAUCUGCUUGCUUUAUUGAUGUUCUGUACUGUUUUUUUAUUUAAGCUCAAGUUAUAAACUACUUAUUUUCACUGCUUUUCUGUGUGUAUGGCUGGAUCUUUCGACCUUUGCCCCUCUGGUUGAUUGAUCUGAAUAAUAGUUGAAGAAAUUCUGUUGAGGAUUUGAUCCUGAGCUUUAUUCCAAAAAUGGUCGGAUAGUUAUCGAGCUGAUU